AUGGCUCCAAUGCGACGUCGGUUGUCAAAGCGGGUCGUCAAAUCCACAUUUCAAGAGUGUUUCGAAUACGAUUUACCCGGUCAUCGCAUUCCAGAACCUAAGCGGGCGAGUUUGCCGGAAGGUCGUACCCGUACUAGUAUUUCAGAAAAAAUUAAACAAGAAUCAAAUGACGAAAAAGUUGUUUCUGAUAAAAAUUUAAAUAAAGUUCCCAAAACAAAGUCAGUUACUACUAAGGAGAGUUCAAAAGAUGAGACCACGAAGAAAAGAACAAGUGAAAACAUCAAAGUGAAAGGCAAAGAAUCUGUGAAGAUUAAAGGCAAUGAGAUCUCUAAGACACAAGGUAUCAGUAAGAAACUUGUUACCAGAACUUCAGCAAAAUUACUGAAAAUUAAAUCAUCUGUAGGUAGCCGUAUAAAAGCAAAAAAUGCGUUUCUUGGCUCUGAUUACAAACGGUUCAAAUCUCCUCAAAUCAAAACCAAGAACAAGACACCUUCACAAGCCCAGGAAACAGAAGGAAAUGUGAGAGAUGGUGGAAGUAAAGGAGAGACGAAGACUGCUUCUGAAGCCACUAGAAAUUCCCCGUCAACUACUGGGAAAGUUCUAGUGUCAACCAAUUGGCAACCGGUAGUCCAUUUGGAGAAAAUAAGUGUUAAUGACCCGAAAGCUCUCAGAUCUGGUAGUAAAGGCAAAGAAAUUUCUUCUAGACAUCAGCAACCAAGAAAUUCUACCAGAAGCCCAGAUUUAGCCACCAGAUUACGAAAUGCUUUGAAGGAUCCAUUGGCUGAGCAAGAGGACAAAGAAUCAGCAAUAUCAGACAAUGGAAUUUCAAACAGUAUGGUGGUGGAGGAAGUUUUUGCAAGUUCUCAUCCACAUGCUGGGCCAUCAAUGCUUCUUGAUUUUGAAGACUCUGUUUAUGGAGAAAAAAAGAACUUGAGAAACAGUCCAUUAGAACGAGUGUUUCGAGAUGAUGUGUUACCCAAACAGCCUGGAAGUGAUUCUGCUCUUGAAGAUUGGCCUGAAAGCUCAUCGGAGAAUUCAGAUGGUGAAGAAACUAAAGAAGAAAACUUUGUUCUCGAUGAUUCAGCUAUAACUGAUUGGUCAGGUCCUCAUGUGAAUGUCAUAUUGCAUUGGCAAAAAAAGUUCAAUAGUGUUACUAAUGAGUUGAGAAAUUCAUUUGAUAGUUUGAGGAGUAUAAUUGAGGAAAAAAAUUCAUUGAUUGCAGCUCUAAAAAAUAAAUUGGACAGUUUUAAUGAUAGUACCUGUCACAAAAUUUUAGAUCGAAUUUUGCUGGACUAUGAUAAGCACGAUCCCAAAAAGCCUGCUACAAUGAUUAUUAAUUCAAUAUUAGAAUAUUAG